GAGAGAGAGAGAGAGAGAGAGAGAGAGAGAGAGAGAGAGAGAGAGAGAGAGAGAGAGAGAGAGAGAGAGAGAGAGAGAGAGACGGUGGGGGGGGGAGGCUUGGGGUUAAGCAGAAGUGGCGUGGUGGAAUGGAACUGGGGAAGCUGGGAGACGAUUUGCUACGGAAUAUUCUCACGAAGCUUCCAUUCAAUGAAAGAAUCUUCACCGCACCCUGUGUAUGUCGUCAGUGGUUGAGGGUGGCGCGGGAGCCGGAAUGUUUUCGAGAGAUCGACACGAGGGAGUGGGCGGAGAGGCAAGGGCUUUUGCUACAUGACACCAGGUGGCGCAAACCCGUUAUUAUCGGUGGUCGGUCCAUCCCCGCCCGUGCGGAUGCUAUGUUGAAGAAGGUGGGUGAGCUAAGCAGAGGUCAGGUGGAGACGUUGAUCCUUCAGUAUUGCACUACGAAGGGGAUGAUGGCUGUUUGUGCUGGGCAGACGAGCCUCAGGCGUCUAGAACUUUGGUCUGUGUUCGCUUCCCUUAACCAGCGGUGGAUUGAUCAUUUGCUGAGAUCAUGUCCGCAAUUAGAACACUUAAAGAUUGGUGACGUCACCUUUCCAGACUCUUUUAGUCGAUUCUCGUUUUGCAGACCUCACCCUUACUCCCCUUACUCUCCUGUUCCUCAUCGAAUCCCCUCUUCUCUCCUCACAAGUGCCGCCCUCGGCGACGAUUCUGUAAUCGACGAGAGUGAUUCCGUCGUGUGGAUGGAACCGGCCCAGAAUACGUGUCGCAAUCCCCUUCCUCCCAGAUUUCGUUCUCAACCGAUUCAACCGGUGCUCUUGCAUGGUGGUUGCGCGGAGGAGGAAGACAGUGACGACGGAUCUGAUGGGCAAGGUGGAGGAGGGGGAAAGGAAGGGGAAAGAGAGGGCCGGGGUGGCGAUGAAGGGUCUGUGCAAAGCGAUGAAGUGGGAGGAGGAGAAGGAGGAGGAGGAGGAGGAGGAGGUGAAAUGGAGAGAGAGGAGGGGCGGCGGGGUGAUGAAGGCUCGGCGGGGAUCGAUGGAGUAGUAGGAGGGGAACAUGAGGAAGAAAGCGAUGAAGGUUCUGGGGGGCAAGAUGAAGAUGGAGGAGGAGGAAAUAGCGUGGACGUAGAUGGGCAGGAUGAUGACGAGGGGUCGGCGGCAACUUCACCCACAAGCCAUGAAGCGGGAGGAGGAGGAGGAGAAGGAGGAGGAGGAGGAGGAGGAGGAGGAGGAAAAAGUGAUGAAGUGCAACGAGAGGAGGAGGGGGGUGAUGAAAGUUCUAGGGCGAGGAGGCAGGAAGAAGCAGGAGGAGAUGAAGUUGAAAGAGAGGGGCGUGGUGAUGACGUACUAAGGUGUUCGCCUGUCCAUGGAGAAGGAGGAGGAGGAGGAGGAGAGGGAGGAGGAGGAGAGGGAGGAGGAGGAGGAGGAGGAGGAGGAGGAGAACAUGAGAUGGAAAGAGAAGAGCCUGGGCGGGGUGAUGAAGGUUCUGCGGCAAGCGAUGAAGUGGGAGAAAGAUGCGGACGAGGAGGAGGAAAUGAAGGGGAAAGAGAAGAGCCUGGGCGGGGUGAUGAAGUAGCAGUCGAAGAAGCCAGGGGAAAAGGACGGGAGGUCGUGAGUGAUGGUGGUGAGGAGGAGGAGGAGGAGGAGAAGGAGGAUCUUGUGACCGUCUUCUCAGUCUAUACUUGGUGGCUGUCGCCGGCUGGUCGCCCUCAAAGGCUCGUUUUCCCCGCACGCCCUCCUCCAACCAUUGACGAUGAAGAUGAAGACGAUGAUGACGGUUCUUCUUCAUCUUCAUCCAGCUCAUCUUCAUCGAACGGCGAAGAGCAGCAGACCGAUCUCCAGAUGCGGGGAGGUAAUCAUCAGGAGGAAGGAGGGCAAGGGCAUGAUGACGUAGUGGAUCCUGUUGCUACGACGACGGCGUCGGCGGCUGCCUCUGGCCCGCUAGAAAAUUAUGAUCUUGAUGUCUCAUUACGUCAUCAUACCGUUGAUGGAUUGUCAGUCCUGAGCAUCGCCAGGAGCUGUCCAAAUUUGAAGACGCUUCAUCUCACAUCAGCUCCCGGCAGCGAAGGUUGUCUGACUGACACCUCGAUGAUUGCCUUAGUCGAAGGAUGCACUGGACUGACCGAUCUGUCUCUUACCUCACCCGCCUAUCCCUUCCUCAUCUUCUCCGGAGAUGCCGAGCAGCCGGAGUGCGCCGCCAUCCGCGCCCUUGGGGGAUGCCAGCAACUGCGAAACCUCUCUCUCUGCAGUUUGCCGCUGCCGGCCUUCGAUGCCUUACAAGAUGAUAAUGGGUGCUGCCCUCUGUUAUCUUCUUUGUCUCUGACUUCGCGAGAAGAGUGGUAUGACCUAAACCUAUGGCAUUCCUACUUCCGUUGCACUAGACGUCGACAGCUGACAUCUCUGUGCGUGAUAGAUAGCAUCUACUUCGGCGACUCUCAGCUGGAGGCGGCAGUGACAGAGUGUUUGGGCUUAACAAAACUCGACGUGAGCGGCACGCGGGUGUCCGACUGGGGGAUCGCUGCAGCGGUGCGGAAUUGCGCUCACCUGCGAAUACUUAGCGCAUCUCGGUGUAGAUACGUCACCGACGAAUCAGUUAGGCUUGUGGCGGCUGCAGCUGGGCGGCAGCUGCGCGAGCUGUGUUUCGACGACACCAGCGUCACACACAACGCCUUGUCUUCUCUUGCCUGCCUGGGAACACACACAUCAGGACUUGUUAGGCUUCUGCUCUAUGGAUCUCUAGUCGGAGGAGGAGGAGGAGGAGGAGGAGGAGGAGGAGGAGGAGAAGGAGUCUCUACCUUACCUUCCUUGGAAUCUUUGAGAAGUUUAGAGGUCAUUCUUCAGCGCCAUGCCCAUCUGGAGGAGGUGGGUUUGCGCAUCUUCGAUCCGUUGUUGGAUGCGCAGCAAGCGGAGUGCAUGGAGUUGAUGUGGGGACAAGCCGUGGCGGCGCGAAGCGUCGCUGAGGUCCUAUCGACGCGGGUGAGCGGCGCUCUGCCUGAGAAAGGGGGAUUGCGGAGCAGCAACAAGAGGAACGAUUUUGAGUAUGGCUGCGAGUCCGGUGUAGAUGAUUGGGAGCCUCGUCUUCCCGCCUGGCAGUGCUGUGGUCCUUUCCUUCGUUGCCUCUCUGCAGUGGGUCCGUCCUUACGCAGCCUGCAUCUCUAUUGCGACCCGAGAGCGCUUUUCGCCGACUUCGAGGAAGGAUUUCUCGGUUUCCUCAGCUCCUGCCCCAAUCUCCUCUCUCUCAGAUUGACAGGGUUCGCCCAAGUAAGCGAUGCCAUCGUGUACAAGCUGGGGGCUCUGUGUCCUUCGCUCGAGCAUCUCGCCAUAGCUGGCUCUCGAAUACCCUUCUGGAAAGGUAUUGAGCACCUGGCGGUCACAAGCCCCAGACUCAAGUCGUUCGAGUACCGUCCCGGCCAUUACAAGGACGUCCUCUUAGACGAAGCCUACGAGCAGGUGACACGUGUGAGGAGGGGAAGCUAUAAAUAACCUACUACCGGCUUCCGCCAAGCUGCCUUCUUGCCCCGAACACAAACGCACGCACCCUCAUUGUGAUCCGCCAGGUGCUCGAUAGCUUUCCAGAAGGGUAUUCGAGCGCCUGGGGCCAAGUCCCACUUACCCGAAUGAUCGAUUUCUGAGCGCAGAUUCGGAAGAUCAACGACCCAAAAUCAAGGAUCAGCGUAAGU